CUCUCAAGGUCGCAGCGCGCGAGGCAUUAUGGGAGGUAUCGAAUUCGCCGGCAUCAUUCAUUGGCGUAGCAUCACGAGACCCCGACGCAAAGCUGCGCAUUACGUUCACAUGAACGAGGGAGAGAGAGAGAGAGGUCAGGCUGAACUAUAUUGUUUGUAUUGGUUCAAACAGACUGGGGAGGUUUUUGGUGAAACGUGAGGAGUGUCUCGUAUCCUCAGUGUUUAUCUGGUGUGUGUGCACGGCUUGAGGCAGAAUCACAGCCGCUCCACCUUAAAAAGUCACCAGUUCCCCGAGUAUUGCACGAAGUCACGACGACCAAAACGAGUGUAUCCAGCAUCCAAGUCCGUGUUGAUAGUGUGUGCAAACCGGCACGUUCACCAUCAGCAGUCCAUCAUUCCACACUGAGAGAAGAUGGAGGGAGAGAAGAAACAAGUCUCAUGCUACCUCCUGUUCUCUCUGUCCACGGCUGUUAUUGGCUCCCUGCAGUUUGGCUACAACACAGGGGUCAUCAAUGCACCCGAGCAGAAACUGCGUGCAUUCUUCAACAACACAUGGAUACAUCGUUAUGGCAAGCCAAUUGAGCUUGGAACGUGCACCCUUGUGUGGAGCUUAUCAGUGGCCAUCUUUAGCGUGGGUGGAAUGGCAGGCUCCUUUUGCGUUGGAGUCGUUGCUGACAAGUUUGGGCGUCGCAAGUCCAUGUUCCUGGUGAAUAUCUUGGCCUUGAUUGGUGGAGGGUUGAUGGGGUUGUGCACUAUUUUCUCUUCCUUUGAGAUGGUCAUCGCUGGCCGCCUGGUUAUUGGCCUGUUUUGUGGUCUUUUCACUGGUCUCACCCCCAUGUAUGUUGGAGAGGUUUCCCCCACUCCUCUCAGGGGAGCUUUUGGGACACUGCAUCAGCUUGGGGUGGUAGUUGGCAUCUUGAUUGCACAGAUCUUUGGCCUGGAGUUUUUGCUAGGUUCAGAUAAGCUGUGGCCGCUUCUACUGGCUCUAACCAUACUUCCUGCUGUACUUCAAUGCUUGUUGCUGCCUUUUUGCCCAGAGAGUCCCCGCUACCUCCUCAUUAACCUCAAUCAGGAGGAGCAAGCACGCAAAGCAUUGGUACGUCUCCGUGGCUGUGAGGACGUCUCAAAGGACAUGCAGGAAAUGAAGGAGGAGAGUGUGAAGAUGAACAUGGAAAAGAAAGUAACCAUCCUCGAGCUCUUCCGCACUGCCACCUACCGCCAGCCAAUUCUCAUUGCCAUCAUGCUCCAACUCUCCCAGCAGCUGUCCGGAAUCAAUGCUGUGUUCUACUAUUCAACAGGAAUUUUUAAAUCUGCCGGUGUAACCAAGCCUAUCUAUGCGACCAUCGGAGCUGGAGCUGUAAACACUGUAUUUACUGUGGUAUCUCUUUUCCUGGUUGAAAAAGCCGGACGGAGGACUUUGCAUCUCAUUGGUUUGGGUGGCAUGGCAAUCAGUGCCCUGUUCAUGACCAUCAUCCUUCAAUUUGUAGGUCCAGCAUUCUGUUUACUUACUUUACUACUUUUUUUUCAAUUCUAAUAUUUUCUACAGUAAUCACAGUCUUUUGUACUCGUGUCCAUUUUCAAACAGGACCACAUCCAGUCUCUGAGCUAUCUGAGCAUUGCAGCAGUGUUUGCCUUCGUGGCUAUGUUUGAGAUGGGUCCAGGGCCUAUCCCAUGGUUCAUCGUGGCUGAGCUCUUCUCCCAGGGGCCACGUCCUGCUGCCAUGGCUGUUGCCGGUUUCUGCAACUGGACAGCCAACUUCCUCGUGGGCAUAAGUUUUCCUAAACUGUUAGAACUGUGCGGACCAUAUGUUUUCAUCAUCUUCGUGAUCUUCCUCGUCCUCUUCUUCAUCUUUACCUACUUCUGCGUUCCCGAGACAAAGGGACGUACCUUCGACGAAAUCGCCCAGAUCUUUGGCGGGGCUCCGCCCCCUCAGAGUGCCACCAGCGUAGAUGAAGUCGUCAUAAUGCCCUCUUCUCCAGUGAAAGAGAAAGUUCCACUGGUGGAGGCCAAUUCUGGGCCGAAGGAGAAGCCCGGCUCCUCUGUUACGGCUGCCACGACCAGCGAGGACAAACUGGAAUCUAGUACAGAGCCACUGGUUGCAUCUACUACAGAGGAGAAAUCUAACAGCACAGUCCAGGAAAGCUUGUAAGAUGUUUUAGAAAAAUAAAACAA